CUGACGGUCAUGCCACUCGCUCACUCGAACGCGCCGUCGCGGUCGCGCCUCCGACCCUCCCGCCCGCACUAUCCAAUUCGCGGGGAGAUUUGGCCGGAGACACCGCGCGGAACCGGCUGGCUCUCUCGGCUCGCGUGAAAGGCGCAGGGAGCUAGGCACGCCGCACGUGGUUUGGUUUCUCUCGUCUUCUGCCACCGACGCUUCCCGUGAUCAGAAUCCGGGAAAUGGCAGGUCCAGGUCCAGCACGCGCCGCGCGAGGCGCUGUUGCUCUCCUCUGUUUCUUGGUUUCUUGCGCUGCGCUUGUGGAGAGCCGUGGCGGAUCCAGCCGCCGGCCUAGCCGGCACCGGCAGGACCUCGAUGUCGGCCUCGGCAGCGGGGGCGGAGGCGGGGGCAUCGGCAUCGGCAUCGGCAUUGGCGGCGGCGGCGGCAGCCCUUCGCCGCCGUCGUCGUCGCAGCCGCGGCCGUGCGACUUCGAGAACGAGCGGCUGUACCGGGCGUACCUGGUGAUCCAGCAGUUCCGGAGCACGGUGACGUGCGACCCGAUGGACGUCACCCGGAGCUGGAGCGGCACGGACCUGUGCGGCGGCUACAAGGGCUUCUUCUGCGAGCGGCCGCCCAACGUGACGGACCGGACCAUCGCGUCCGUCGACUUCAACGGCUACAUGCUGCGGGCGGACUCCCUGCAGGGCUUCAUCAACAACCUCCCGGACCUGGCGCUGUUCCACGCCAACUCCAACGACUUCGGCGGCGCCGUGCCGUCGCUCGGCAGCCUGCAGUACUUCUACGAGCUGGACCUGAGCAACAACAAGCUCGCGCCGGCACCGUUCCCGACGGACGUGCUGGGCCUCACCAACGCCACCUUCAUCGACAUCCGGUUCAACAGCUUCUACGGGGAGCUCCCGGCGGGCGUCUUCUGCAGGUUCCCGCGGGUGCAGGCCAUCUUCGUCAACAACAACCAGUUCUCCGGCAGCCUCCCGGACAACAUCGGGCAGUCGCCCGUGAACUACCUCUCGCUCGCCAACAACAGGUUCACGGGGGAGAUACCCAAGUCCAUCGCCCGCAACGCUGGCACGCUCCUCGAGGUGCUCUUCCUCAACAACAGCCUCAGCGGCUGCCUCCCCUACGAGCUCGGCCUGCUCGAGAAGGCCACGGUCAUCGACGCCGGCACCAACCGCCUCACCGGCACCAUCCCGGCGUCGUUCGCGUGCCUGCGCAAGGUGGAGCAGCUCAACCUGGCGGACAACCUCCUGUACGGCGAGGUGCCCGACGCGCUCUGCCGGCUCGCCUUCAGCCACCUCAAGAACCUCACGCUCUCCGGCAACUACUUCACGUCGCUCGGGUCCUGCUGCUGGGACUUGAUCAAGGAAGGGAGGCUCAACGUCGACCGCAACUGCAUCCAGUGGGCGCCCAACCAGCGCUCGCACGACGAGUGCGCCAAGUUCCUCCGCAAGCCCAAGACGUGCCCCGUCAACAACUACCUGCCGUGCCGCAGCAAAUCCCACAGCUCCAGCGAGCCGGCCGCCGACGCCGUCACAGAGGAGGAAGCGGCCGCGGAGUACAAGUACCGGACCUACUCGGCGCUGCAUCCUUGAGGGCACUGCACUGAUUGAUAAAGCGCAGAGCGCUGUGCGUCUCGUGAGCGUGAAACGACUGAUCACUCGCCUGGCCCGUUGUGCUCGGCGGGUUGUGUUGAUGUGUGUGUGUAGCAAUGUCGAAUGUUUCCCCUUCUCUCAUAAUCGAUCCACGGUUGAGGCCCACCUAGCUAAA